AUGAUUCACCUGCUCAAAGUGAUCAAUGCGCCUCUCUUACCCGUCCUCGCUCUGUCACUUCCACUCCUCACUACGAAGUACCACGCCAGCAAGAUGAACCCGCACCGUCGACGCCGAAACCCCAACAAACCGAUUCAACCUCUUCACCGCACCAGGGAAAUUGCAAGUCAGAUUGGUUCGCGAAUCGUGACCAACCCCGUACGCGGCACGCAGUGCGUUGCCCUCGGGACACGCAAAUCCCAACGCAGCAGGACAACUACGCACGAUGUUAUGGCAGAGGUAGUCACAAGGAAGCAAUUCCUUGUAAGGGCCAGGUUGGAUUUCUCUGUCGAUCAUAGGAACACGGGAGCGAUCAAAUGCAAACCGGUCACGCAGAGAGGGGUCAUUGAAAACCGGGAGCGAGCCAUUUGCCAGAGGCUUUCCGAUGUUGCGGGGGUGAAGCCAAGGUUCUUCAGCGCUGUAGUCUUCGCAGCGGGGGAAGACGACGGAGCAGAGCCAGUCUUUGUAGUCGUUGCGGCAGUCGUCGCAGUUGCGGGCUAGACUGUAUUGUGCAGUUGACGCAGUCUCGCAUGCGAUCUGGUCGAGACUGUUGGUGAAGUUCUUGUAGUAUGCUU